AGACGGAAGACUCGAGGAGCCACACAGUCCUCUCAUUAAAAUGACGUUGUGUGCAAUUUCACACAUACCACACUUCCAGGUUUUCCAUGUUGCUUUCACAUAUAGGGACACAGCAUUUGAAGAUUAGCUUUAUCAAGGGCUUGUUCAUUUCUCCUCGGUCAUGCAGAGGUUUAUGAUGACUUCCGAGACUUUACCUUUGAUAAAGGCUUCCUUUCCCUCUUAUGGUGUCAGCAGCGGAGGAAACAAGUCCAAACCUUGGAGUUCUAUCCUUAAGAUGAUCCCUCACAUGGCACUCUGUAAAUUCUUUCCUCUGGUUCUCGUGGGGGUUGUGGUGAUUGCAGUGAGUGGGAUCACUGGAGACCCUCUGUACGAUUGCCUCCAAGACACAGACUACAGCGAGCUCCUGGACAUUGUGAACAAAGGUCUUCCCACCGCCACAACGCCCCGUCACGUGGCAAUCAUUGGUGGCGGCAUGGCAGGACUCACCGCUGCAAAGCUUCUAGAAGACGCUGGCCAUAAGGUGACCAUAAUAGAAGCGAGUGACCGUAUUGGAGGACGUGUGGAGACCUUCAGGAACAGAAGAGAAGGCUGGUAUGCAGAAGUGGGAGCUAUGAGGAUCCCCAGCUUCCAUAAGAUUCUGCUUUCCUUGGUCUCCAAACUACAAAUUCCGCUAAACCCCUUCAUACAAGACGAUAUCAACACAUACUAUUUGGUAAAUGGGAUCCUUGAGAAAACCUAUGCGGUGGAAAACAACCCCGGUUUGCUCAACUAUAGCUUGAAUGAAAGGGAGAGGGGGAAGACAGCUGGUCAACUCUUCAGCCAGGCACUGUGGAAGGUGAGGGACGACCUCAAGGCUUUUGGCUGCAGUGCCAUGCUGGACAAAUAUGAUGCCUACACAGUGAAGGAAUAUCUGGUGAAGGAGGGCAACCUGAGUCGCGGUGCCUUGAGGAUGAUUGGGGACAUCCUGAAUGAAAACAGCCUCUUCUACACAUCACUGAUAGAGAUGCUGUACAUACAGUCAGACAUCAACGACAACAUCGAGUACUUUGAAGUGACGGAUGGCUUUGACCACCUGCCCAGGGCUUUCUACCAGGUGUUAAAUUCCACCAUCCUUCUCAACUCCAAGGUCAAGCUGAUCAACCAAACAAGUGGCAGCGAUGUAACCGUAACAUUUCAGGACUGGAGUAAUUCUGACUCCCCGCACAGCCUCACGGUGGACUACGCCCUGAUUACGGCCACAGCCAAGGCCACCCUCUUCAUCAACUUCCAGCCCCCGCUCGACGGGGACAAGAUGGAGGCCCUGCGCUCUGUUCAUUACACCAGCUCCACCAAGGUGGUGCUCAGCUUCAGGGAGCGCUUCUGGGAGGAACAGGGCAUCAAAGGGGGGAAGAGCAUCACAGAUCGUCCCUCUCGCUUCAUCUACUACCCGAGCCACAGCUUCCCGGGUACGGACGCAGGGGCCCUGCUGGCGUCUUACACCUGCUCCGACGACUCCACCCUCUUCCAAGGGAUGAGCGAGGAGGAGCUGAUGGCUGUGGUCCUGGAGGACUUGGUCACGAUCCACGGAGAGGUAAUCAGGAACUUGUGGACAGGGGGGCUGGUGAAGAAGUGGGGCCUGGAUCCUUACAGUCUGGGAGCCUUCGCCCUGUUCACGCCCUACCAGCAGGGGCACUACGCCGGGGAAUUGUUCCAGAGUGAGGGACGGGUGCACUUUGCAGGAGAACACACAGCCACACCUCACGGGUGGAUUGAGACGGCCAUGAAGUCUGCCAUCAGAGCAGCUAGAAACAUCAACCGCCUCACUCUGUAGCCUUGGUUGUGAUAUAUUUAUUUUGACAUAUGUUCCGACGUAUUCACUCUUAGUGAAGUAUCAGAAAAUAGAGAAAUGAAAAAUAACCGUGGAAUCCUGUUGCUGUGUCCAACCAACAGUGCAAAAAUAUAUUCACUUUACUGUUUUUCAAGACACAGGAAAGCAUUAAAUUCUUGCAACAGGGAAGCUGGAACCAGUAAACGUUUGUAUUCAAGGUGACUUGAAUGUUUAAUCAGCUCUCAAAAUAGUGAUUCAUUUUAUGUUGAUCAAGCAAUCGAUUAAUCGUCUAAUCAAUUCAGCUCAACAUCAGAUACUCGUAAGAUCGUGAAGGACAGCACUUUAGUACUUUACUACUAGUUUUUACAGGAGUUCCUGAUGGGACAGAAGGUUUACUCUGCAUGUACUGGCACCUGUCAAAACAUGUCCUUUAUUAUUUCUGUAUGUUCUUUAUUAUCAUUUCAGCUGCUUUAUAUUUUAGUUAUUCAAAUUUUCUCUUGAGUACAAGUAAAGAAAUGAUAUUUGAAUAACACAAUUACUUUUAAAAAUGAGUUAUUUAGAAGUCAACGGUGUGAGUAUCCAUGAAAACUAACCAUUUGUAAAUGUUCAUGCAGAGACACAAUGAUGUUACUGAGAAUAGUUUGUACUUUAUUAUCAUUAUACUUUUUCUUUUGUUUUCAUCUGUUUACUCAUUAGAAUACAUUUACUGGCGCAUUGUGAUAUUGUAUUUGGCAAUUUCAGAGAAACUUCCUUUGUAAUAUUGAGGCUUGCCUUAAAGUGAGCUUUCGUUCUUCAUCGUCUCAGUUUUUGCCAAUAAAUAUAUGAAACAAUCUAUUAUCAA